GUUAUUAAUUAACCAUUGUUAGUUUCAUAUAUUUUACCACAAAUCAUGAACUCCUCUAGAUCUUCAACUCUUGCUCUUUUUUCCAUCAUCAACAUGCUUUUCUUUGUUAUGACAAAUGGUUGUUUCUUUUGUCCAAAACCAAACCCUAACCCUAACCCUAACCCUAAUCCAUUUCCUUACCCAAACACAAGUCCUUCCACUAAGAGUUGUCCUAGAGAUGCACUCAAACUAGGAGUAUGUGCUAACUUGCUCAAUGGACCAAUUGGUGCAAUUGUUGGGUCACCACCAGAACAUCCAUGUUGUUCUAUUUUAGAAGGACUAGUUGAUCUCGAAGUUGCGGUUUGUCUUUGUACUGCCAUUAAAGCUAACAUUCUUGGCAUUAACAUUAAUAUUCCUAUUUCACUUAGUUUGAUUCUUAAUGCUUGUGAGAAGAGUCCACCAACUGAUUUUCAGUGCUCUUAAUUAAGUGUUACUCUUGAUUAACUUGCUGCUAAGAUGUUUUUUUGCUGUUAAUUUUGUGUGCUUUAUCUUGUAAUUGAUGAUUCAUGAAAUGUUGUUUGCUACUUUCUAAAUUAAGUAGUGACAGUCUUUUACUGCGAAUGCAGUUGUAUUUUGUAACUGUAAUUUCUAGUUGCAUUCUUGAAUGAAUUUCUAAUUUUUAAA